CGCCUCUGGGGUUAAGUUUGGAUCGAGCGGCGAGGUUGGUCAACCCCGCGGCUCGGCCCAUUGCAUUCUCUGCUCACCGCCUUCCGGCGAGGAUUCCCGGAUUUUCUGAGAGUUUGCGGCGUCGUUUCUACAAAUCCGAUAAUUUGAUCCGAACGCAAGUUCCUGUUUCGCGGGAUCGGAGUUACUGGUGCCAAAAGGAACGGUUCUUGAUCGAAAAGUCCUUUCUUUUUGUCUUACUUCGGUGUUCUUGGGCCAUAUUGGAGCGCAACAAGGACACCUUUCUCUGCGACGCCACGUGAAAUCCAUGGGAAGCAACGUAUUUUUCGUCUGAAAUUUGUUGACUGGGUGAGAAAAUCUUGUAUCCUUCUGGCGCUGUGAUGAUUACGGCAGCCUCUGGAUCUGAAAGUUCCCUUCUUGUAGCCUAAUUUCAUGGUUCGUGUUCGUUUGGAUCUUAACAAGGAAACCCAUCUGAGUGAGCUCAAACAAGAACCGUGAGAAACGAUACCUUUAGGCAUUUAUUGGAAGUUGUCUGUGGAGAUCUUGACAAAGAGGAGCAAAAAUUGGUUGAAUGGUGUCUCCAUUAUCUUCCCUAGUGUACGACGAUGCGGAGGGCAUGGAAGAAAAUAUUAGGUUAGCUGGAGAGGGCGUGAAGCAGAAGGAAGCCCCUGAUGAAGAUUUCCAAGAUUCCAAUGGAGGGUGUCGGUAUCCGAAUUGGUCUCCUUUGCGCUGGUUCAGAAUGCUUGCGGAGGAGAUGCACUGGAGCUUUGUAUUUGGAGUCAUCACAGUGUAUGGAAUCAGCCAGGGGUUUGGCGGCGCCAUUGCUAAGGUUGCCACGGAUUACUACUGGAAGGAUGUCCAGAUGGUGCAGCCUUCGGCCGCGCAGGUCUACCAUGGAAUCAUUUCGAUUCCUUGGAUCGUCAAGCCUCUCUGGGGUCUUCUUACUGACGUACUUCCCAUCGCUGGGUAUAGGAGGCGACCCUACUUUAUCUUAUCAGGUCUUCUGGGAAUUAUAUCGAUGCUCACUCUAGCUCUGCAUAGCAAACUCCAUGUUGUGUUUGCUUUGCUGGCGAUAACCGCAGGAAGUGCAAGUGUGGCAAUAGCAGAUGUGACUAUAGAUGCUUGUGUUGCACAGAACAGUAUAAACCAUCCUUUCCUUGCUUCUGAUAUGCAAAGCUUGUGUGGAUUAAGUUCAUCUAUUGGACGACUUUUGGGUUAUUCCAUCAGUGGCCUACUGGUUCAUGCACUUGGUUCUCAGGGGGUAUUUGGCGUGCUUAGCAUCCCUUCAGCACUUGUACUCUCUGUUGGAAUGGUACUAAAGGACAUGCACAUACCAAACUUUGCUUAUGGACAGGUCUUCGAAAAGUUACAGCAAGCCAGCCGAACAAUGUGGACAACUUUACAAUCCCCUUAUGUUUGGAGACCAUGUGUAUACAUGUACGUGUCUCUUGCUUUAAGCUUGAAUAUCCACGAAGGAAUGUUUUAUUGGUACACAGAUAAAAAAUCAGGCCCAUCCUUCUCUCAGGAAACGAUUGGCUUUAUCUUUUCCUUUGCCUCUGUGGGUUCUCUCCUUGGAGUGCUACUGUACCAAAACAUUCUGAAGGAAUAUCCCUUCCGCCAGUUGCUCUUUUGGAGUCAGUUGCUUACUGGUCUUGCUGGAAUGUUGGACUUAGCUUUGGUACUUCGUUUAAACUUGAAGAUUGGAUUGCCUGAUUAUUUCUUUGCCGUGAUCGAUGAGAGUGUUUCACACUUGAUUGGCCGUAUCAAGUGGAUGCCACUUCUUGUGCUGAGUUCCAAGCUUUGUCCUUCUGGCAUCGAGGGCACCUUUUUUGCCCUGCUCAUGUCCAUUGAUAACUUCGGCUUACUCACAUCGUCCUGGGCUGGUGGUCUACUACUUCAUUUGCUAAAAGUUACACGAACAGAAUUCAGUAAUCUUUGGGCUGCCAUAUUGAUUAGGAACAUAAUGCGAGUAAUACCAUUAGUUCUGUUGUUUUUAGUACCCAUAAGUGAUCAAAAUUCUACGCUUCUUCCUGCUGACUUGCUUAAUGGAAAUGAUAAUAUGGAAGCUCACGAAAGAGACAUAGAUGACAUCAAAAAUAUUGAACUGGUUUCUCUUGUUGACCAAAUCCGAUAUUGAGUGGAAGAAUGUACACAUGCCAAAUUUGGAGGGCUGUUGUAGGUUUGAUUUAUUUGAAGACUUUUUUAUUUAUUGCUCAGUUGAGCCAAGAAGUCCAUAUAUUUGACAGGAAGAAGAAGAUGUUGAUUCUCUUGUGGUAUCCAUAAAAUGAUAAUUGAUAGGGCAUCCAGAAGAAAGGGUCAGUUUAUUCAAUAUUCAUCUUAUUAAUAGAAGUCAAGAUCCAGAAGUGAGAUUGUAAGGUCUUCAUUCUUCGAAUAUUUGUUACAUUCAGUAUGCAAUAUACUCAUGAGUAGGGAUUGUAAUGCCGAAAAAUGUAAGGGCAUUUUUCUUUACAUCUUUCACUUAAGACUGCUGUUAUUGUUGUUGUAUCUUGUAACGGUGUGUAUUUUGUUUCCUUGAUCUAAUUAAAUGGUGGUUAACAACAAGA